GGGUCAGAGUGAUAGAUCAAAAGGAAAGAAAGCAAGAGUUCGCGCCAUAAAAAAGGAAACCAUAUCACAUUCACCCACGAUUUUCUGACUCCUAUGAUCAGGUCUCCCUUCCUCUUCAGGAGUUUAUACGCAAUUGGUGAUUGAUCCCUUUUGGCACCCCAGUUACCACCGCCGUCUGCUUUCAGAACCCUAAUCUUCCUCUCCACAGUUUCCUCUCUCUGUAACUGGUAGCCGUAUUUACAGAAGUUUUUCUUUUUCGCCAACAAGUUGCUGUCUGACAGCAAUGGAAGCAACACCCGAGCAACUAGAGCGCAAGAAAAAGAAGGAAGAGAAGGCCCGAGAAAAAGAACUGAAAAAACUUAAAGCUGCACAAAAAGAAGCUAAAUUUAAGGUACAACUCCAAUCUAAGAAAAAAUCAAGGCGAGAAGAGGAGGAGAAGGUGGUGGAGGAGGAAGAGGAUUAUAGAGACCCCCUCACUCCUUCUGGACAAAAGAAAAGACUUUCUGCUAUUAUGCCAAAAAACUACAAUCCCUCCAAUGUAGAGAAAUGUUGGUACGAGUGGUGGGAGGCUUCAGGGUUUUUUGUGGCCGAUGCCAACAGUUCUAAACCCCCUUUUGUUAUAUUGUUCCCCCCACCAAAUGUGACUGGGAACCUACAUUUAGGGCAUGCGCUCACAGCUGCUAUUCAGGAUACAAUGAUCCGCUGGAAGAGAAUGUCUGGAUUUAAUGCCUUAUGGGUGCCUGGUCUUGACCAUGCUGGGAUUGCUACACAGGUCGUAGUAGAAAAGAAGUUGAUGCGUGAGCGCCGCUCGACAAGGCAUGAUCUAGGUCGUGAAAAGUUUGUAUCUGAAGUUUGGAAGUGGAAGCACGAGCAUGGGGGUAACAUAUUACAACAGCUUCGCAGGUUGGGUGCAUCCCUCGACUGGUCCCGCGAGUGUUUUACAAUGGAUGAAAAAAGAUCAAAGGCUGUGAUAGAGGAAUUUGUUCGGCUAUUUAAGGAAGGUCUUAUAUAUAGGGAUCUCCGGCUAGUACAUUGGGACUGCACCUUACGAACAGCUAUAUCUGAUGAUGAAGUCGAUAAAAUUGACAUCAAAGAGAGGAAAUUUCUAAAUAUUCCUGGUUAUGACAAACAAGUGGAGUUUGGUGUUUUAACCUCAUUUGCCUACCCUAUUGAGGGAGGGCUAGGCGAAAUUGUUGUUUCCACCACUAGGGUGGAAACAAUGCUUGGUGAUACAGCUAUUGCUGUACAUCCAGGUGACGAGAGGUACAGCCAUCUGCACGGGAAAUUUGCUAAUCAUCCAUUCAAUGGAAGAAAACUUCCAAUAAUUUGUGAUGCCAUUCUUGUUGAUCCCAGUUUCGGGACAGGUGCUGUCAAGAUCACUCCUGCCCAUGAUCAAGAUGAUUUUAAGGCUGGGAAGCGUCACAGUCUUGAAUUUAUUGUUAUGUUUACUGACGAUGGAAAGAUAAAUGAUAAUGGCGGUGCAGAGUUCUCAGGGAUGCCACGUUUUGAGGCACGCGAGGCAGUGAAGGAAGCUCUGAAGAAAAAGGGAUUGUAUAGAGGUGCUGAAAACAAUGAGAUGCAUCUUGGCCUUUGUUCAAGAAGCAAUGAUGUUGUGGAGCCAAUGCUAAAGCCCCAGUGGUUUGUUAAUUGUGAUAGUUUGGCAAAGCAAGCUCUUCAAGCAGCUACAGAUGGAGAAAAUCCAAAGCUUGAAUUCAUUCCGAAGCAAUUUUUGGCUGAAUGGAAAAGAUGGCUGGGAAACAUACAAGACUGGUGCAUAUCAAGGCAGCUUUGGUGGGGUCACCGCAUUCCUGCAUGGUAUGUUACACUUGAAGAUGAUGCAGAGAAGGAUUUUGGAGUCUACAAUGACCACUGGGUAGUGGGUAGGAAUGAGGAGGAGGCUUUAGCUGAGGCUAGCCAGAAAUUUUCUGGCAAGAAAUUUGAUAUUAGCCAGGAUCCAGACGUGUUGGAUACCUGGUUUUCUUCUGGUUUAUUUCCAUUAUCUGUGUUGGGAUGGCCAGAUGAUACUGAUGAUUUAAGAACAUUCUAUCCAACUUCAGUUCUUGAAACUGGGCAUGACAUUCUAUUUUUCUGGGUUGCUCGGAUGGUGAUGCUAGGAAUUCAACUGGGAGGCGAUGUACCUUUCAGGAAGGUUUUCCUGCACCCUAUGGUUCGUGAUGCACAUGGCCGUAAGAUGUCGAAAUCUUUGGGAAAUGUUAUUGACCCACUUGAAGUAAUAGAUGGGAUAAGCCUUGAAGGUCUUCACAAGAGGCUUGAGGAAGGUAACUUGGAUCAGAAAGAGCUGGUUGUAGCAAAAGCUGGACAGAAGCAAGACUUUCCUAAUGGUAUAGCUGAAUGCGGUACAGAUGCUCUUCGAUUUGCUCUUGUCUCUUAUACAGCUCAGUCUGACAAAAUAAAUUUGGACAUCCAACGAGUUGUUGGAUAUCGCCAGUGGUGUAACAAACUAUGGAAUGCUGUUCGGUUUGCAAUGAGCAAAUUUGACAUUGAUUAUACUGCUCCAAUAAAUUUCAAUCUAGAAACCAUGCCUUUUAGCUGCAAAUGGAUACUCUCUGUACUCAACAAAGCUAUUUCCAAAGCUGUGUCAGCUUUGGAUUCAUACGAGCUCUCAUAUGCUGCCAGUACAGUGUAUUCAUGGUGGCAAUAUCAGUUCUGUGACGUUUUCAUUGAAGCAAUUAAACCCUACUUUGCUGGGGAUGAUCCAGCAUUUGCCUUUGAGAGGAGUUCUGCACAAGAAACUCUUUGGAUAUGUUUGGAUAGUGGACUGAGAUUGCUUCAUCCAUUUAUGCCAUUUGUUACUGAAGAAUUGUGGCAGCGCCUUCCUCCUGUCAGGGGCCAUACAAGGAAAGAGUCGAUUGUGACAUCUGAGUACCCAUCAGCUGCAGAUGCCUGGACAAAUGAAGAGGUGGAAUAUGAAAUGGACCUUAUUGAAUCUACUGUUAAAUGUCUAAGGUCGUUGAGGGCUGAGGUGUUUGAGGACCGAAAAAAUGAAAGGCUACCAGCUUUUGCAUUUUGCAAAAUGAGAGCUGUUGCAGACAUCCUCACAAGCCACAACUUCGAGAUCUUAACCCUUGCAAAAAAUUUGUCAUCUAUUCAGGUUCUGUUGAGCGGGGAAGAUGCCCCCCCAGCUGGAUGUGCGUUUGAGAAUGUUAACGAGAAUCUUGCAGUCUAUCUCAAGGCUGGAGAAAAAGUUAAUGCAGAAGUAGAGCUCGUGAAGAUGAGAAACAAAAUGGAUGAGAUACAAAAACAACAGGAGAAAUUGGAGAAGAAGAUUAAUGCAGCAGGCUAUAAGGAAAAAGUACCUCUUGAGAUUCAGGACAAGGAUACUGAAAAACUGAGUAAACUUGUUCAAGAAAUGGAACUCUUCGAGAAAGAGAGCGAGCGGUUGGAAGCUGUGAAGAGCUUGUAAUUUGCUAUACUCGGUCUCGACCAGUCUCGCAUGGAAUAUUUAGCCAUUAGCGGAAUUGUUUUCAUCCAAAAUGAUUUUUUUAGAAUUUUCAUUAGUGACAAUGAUAGGCAACUAUAACGAUCAAUUUUUAUACAGAGCGACGUUUUCCAAGUAAUUAAAAAAUAUCUUCAUAUA